UAUACGCGUGUAGCAGGGAACUUUAAAGCAGCAUUCUUGCCCAGCAGCCGCAACCAGAGCAGCUCCGAGCAGCACUCUACCUGACACAGACACAGUCCCAGAGACUCAAAGACCCACAGACAGACAGUGACACAGGAGCACAAAGACACACAGGUAACCAUGGCAACCUUUAUCAACCGUCUUCUGUUUGGCCUCCUGUGCCAAGCUGCCAGUGCGUGGGCGUUUGCCCGUCUCAGUGAUGACGCAGAGCUGCGCUCUGCCUUUUCGGUGGCACGCACAAGCAGCAUGGAGGGUGGGGCCAAAAUGGUGGUGACCUUUGACACUGUGUAUGUCAACAUCGGCGGGGACUUUGACCCGGGGGCGGGGCUAUUCCGCUGUCGGAUCCCAGGGGCCUACUACUUCUCCUUCACGGUGGGCAAGUUCCCCCACCGGGACCUGUCCGUCAUGCUGAUGAGGAACCGGAAUGAGGUACAGGCCAUCGUGUACGAGGAGGGCGGAGGCGAAGAGAGGCGAGUCCAGUCCCAGAGCGCAAUGCUGCAGCUGGACUUUGGAGACACCGUCUGGCUGCGUCUCCACGGCGACCCCCGCUACGCUCUCUACAGCAACAUGGGACACUACACGACCUUCAAUGGCUACCUGGUGUACCCUGACACAUACACUUUCCAGCAGACGCGCCUGCCACCGGCUACAACGAGCAACAAUGAAGCUGUCAUCAGUGAAGCCACCGACCACCACACUCUGUCAGAUGAGGUGAAGGAGAAAGAGGAGAAGAAGGAGGAAGUGGAAGGUGAGGAGGAGGAGGAAGAGGAGGAUGACCAGAGGUCAGCAUUCUCCGUGGGCCGCACCCAAAGCAUCGUGGGAGAAGACCAGGGCUUCCCACAGCACCAGCCAGUCAGCUUUGACACAGACUUCGUCAACAUUGGUGGGGACUUCAACGUAUCAGCGGGCGUGUUCACGUGUCGCAUCCCCGGAGCCUACUUCUUUUCCUUCAACGCAGGGAAGCUUCCCCAUAAGACGCUGUCCGUGAAGCUGAUGAAGAACCGUCUGGAGGUCCAGGCCAUGAUCUAUGAUGACCACCAGGGGGAGCGUGCGCUGCAGAGCCAGAGCCUGAUGAUGUCCCUUCGGCGUGGGGACAUAGUGUGGCUAUACAGCCACCAGAGGGAGGGCUUUGGAGCCUAUAGCAACCAUGCUAAAUACAUCACCUUCACAGGCUUCCUGGUCUACCCCGAGUUGCAGACCAGUCCCCAGGCUCCAGAGCUAGGACAAGACCUGAAGGUGGGACAGUCCAACCCCAACCCACAUACAUCUCAUGCUGGCCAGGCCAAAGCCCACCCUCAGCCCCAGGCCCAUCCCCAGAAGCAGGACAGCCAAAAGCCCUGACAGCUGCCUAUGUGAGGGGACCAGGACCAUACCACUGAGGGGGGUGGGUGUGGGGGGUGUUGAGCUGUGGAGCUCCUGAUGUCGUCUUAUCUGCAUCCAGCUGGGUUCCCUCCUCUGGCUGACUCCACACUCAACGUAGUUGGGCAGCCAAGGCAGGGUUGUGUUUGUGUGUGUUAAUAUUCUUCUCCUCUGGAAUGAUACUGUCCUGUACUGUAUGUCUUCAGAGGCAUGUGAUUUUACUUUAGGGAUGCUUGUUUUGUGUCAAAAUAAGUCCUUUAUGAGUUUUUCCCCUCUUUCGCUCUGGAGUGUUGCACCUCAGUUGAGACAGCUGGCAACGGUCAUUGUAACAGCAACAUUCAGGUUGAAUGAACAGCCCCCAUGAUGGAGAUUGGCUGGACCGUGACAGCCCCCUUCCCCACCCCCCCGCCCUGCAUCCUUCCUGGCUCAACCUUGCUUCCGUCCUCCAGGCAAGCUGCCAUCAUUUGUUAAAAAAUAAAUCUGAGUGAGAUUCAUUUCUCUCUGGCUGGAAACGGUGGGGAGAAAACGUGAUUGUCUCCAUCCUCUGUCCAGGGCACUGCUGAAUUGCUGAAUUCACACUCACAGUUGGAGCCUCUAACAGACCAGACUCCAGUCAAUUACUGACUCACUGACUGUUCAGUGAGUCAACCAGAAGAAAAAUAAGUCCACUUCAAACUGUGAAUAUCACACUUAUGUCAAGCACACUACCAGAGGUUUUAGUCAUUGAUGACAGUGCCUACAAUAAAGUGUAUUUGUUUCUAGAAACAUACCAAUUUGGACAAGUGGGGCUUUAUGCAAUUGUGACAUGCACAAAGUGACUAAGUACUGGUUUACUUAACCUCUGUGCACACUAUCUGACUUCCUGGUCAUACAAAUAAGUCUGUCAGCCUUUGUGGGAUGUUACAACUUGCCAAGGUAUUAGCCCAGCCCAGCUAAAACUCUGCCCUUGUCCCUUAUGACACAAACAGUUCUAAUAUCUACACCGCAAAAUGUAGAUAAUCUCACUUUUAAUCAAAUAUUUAGCUCAUUUUGUACGGUUAAUAAAAAAUAGGGAUGGCUGCAGCCUUCUGGACAUGGUGUGUUUGUGUGAGGGAGAUAGCUGUGAUUUUGUCUGGGGAUGUGAUGAAGAAAUGCACAAGGGGCCCUCCCAGAAGAAGCUAGCACUCCUACAGAAUCACUUUCCUCCCUUUGGGAGGCACGGUUUCUGAUUAGUGUUAUGGACCCCAUUUGGAUUCUCUGAAAUAGCAAUCUUCCCCCAUCCUCUGAGAACACACAGGUGAGAGCUGAGUGGAGGUGCUAGGAAGGGAGUAAGGUAGGUCCUGAGAGGGAGAAAGAAAGAUAAGUACUAGUAGGUGAGAAAAGUAGGUUCAGUAUGUUUGUGUAUAAACAGGGUAGAAGCCUGUUCCAUCUUACAGGACCACAGCAAU